CCUUAAAGAGGGCUGCAUUCCUCCACCAGUCGAACCAGAUGACGGCCAGAAAAAAUUGGGGGUGGAAAGAAGGACAUGCGGAAUGGAUGUGAAGACAAUGUGCUACACGGAGCCUGACCCGGCCUUUGACCGUGACGGCAAGGCCUUGCGUGCUUUUGUGCCAGCCUCCACCAAACAGAGCCCCCACAAUGCAAUCGGCGCUACGGAUUUCAAUGGCGCAGCGCUCCCACCGACCGCCGUCUGAAUGCGGGGAAUGUGACCCUGCGCGUGACUGGCAAAGGACCUCAAUUACUGAUGCUCUUCUGAAAUAUUUUCUUUCUACCUCUCUACAUCCUGGGCCAUCUUUUACAGCAAACUUAUCCACAUCAGCACCAAGUCCAAGCCCACCAAGUCAAGGAAAGAAGUGCACCUUCCAAAACAACUGUCAUAUACUCCAGCUCCAUUUCAUCAUGCCCUUCACACCCCAACCAACACGACGCCACAACCCAGUGGACAGCAUCUGCCGCAAACUGCAGACCAUCAAGUGGCAGGGUGACCGGGAGCCGUAUUCUCCCUUCCAGAUCCCCAAAAUCUCCUCCAACAGCUACGACAGCCCCCAGUGCGGCCUCAGGCGCAAUGUGGAAGCCAUCUUGAAGAAAGGGACUCACUGUAGGGACACGGGCGAACGAGGGAAAAUGCUGCAUUCUACUCCUUCCACAGAGGAAUCCAACCCACAGACCCCAGCUAACAUCACAUACAGCAUCACCAGUACCCUCGGGGGUACGCAAGGUGUUAAUAGAUAUAAGUACAGUUCCACCCCUAUGGGCCAACCGAAAGAUUCCCCGUACUUCACGUUUACGCAAAGCGAACCCCGAGCACCGCAAACCGAGAGUCCGUGUAGGCUGAACAGCGGGCCUGCGCUCUCUCAAACCUUCACCCCCAUUCACAACACUGUCUCGCAUAACCUCAACUUCAGCUCUGGUGACACUGGGAACUCUACAGUGCGUGACCUGCCCUACCCAGCUCUUGUUGUAAAAAGACUGACACUUGAAGAUGGAGGGAGCACGCUGGUUUCUGAGAGCAACAACAUGGCAGAAGUCAGCCUCAUCUGCGAGGAGAAUCUCCUCGACACCAUCUUCCACGCGUGUGAUAUGCAGCGUCGAGGUAAAGUUUACGUCUCUCACAUUGUUGACUACUUGCGACACACCACCAGCCGCUCCCCUGAAGACAGAGGACUGGAGGAUCUUUGCAAUAUGCUGGAUCCUGAGCGCAAAGACGUCUCCAUAGACCUGGAAACGUAUCACGCUGUCAUGAGGGAAUGGAUUGAAGACUGCCGCAAAAACGGUGAAGAACCACCAGAAGGUGUAUUUCAAGACCCUGUUAAACUAAGAGAGAGCCUUUCUGCGAGGAGAACCAUGCUGCUCAACAUGACAUCAGGAAGCUUGGAAGGUUUCGGAGGAGACGUGUCAAGACAGGAAUUCGAAACAUCAGAGCUGGUGUACUGCCUCGCCGACCUCCAAAUGAGCAACCAAAAACUCCAAGAGGAGGUGAAGAAGCUAAAACAGUCAGUGGAGGGCAUGGAGGAAAGCAACCAAAAACUGGCGGAUGAAAACGAGGAACUGCGCAACGAGGCUAAAGCUCAUCAGCAGCUGGUCCGCAAAGAAAAGAUGCUCCACGAUGAAGUGGAAGAAAUGAAGGCCACGCUGAACUGCACUGAGGAAGGCAGAGCUCGCGCCUCCGCACGCAGCAAACACGUGGAGAAGGAAAACCAAGACCUCAUCGUCAAAAUUGCAUCUCUUCAGGAAGAGAACUUCAAGGUCACCAUGGAGAUGGACGAGCUUCAGAAGAGAAUAGCCGAGCUGUGUGACAUGAACCUCAACCUUCAGGUGCAGAUUGACUCUUUCGAUGCCAUCAUCACUGAAAAGGAAGCUCUUAUACAAGAGAGGAGCAGACAGAUCGACGAACUCAAGGCGACAUUGGAAGAAUACGCUUCUAUCACAGAGCUACUAAGGGCCGACAAGAGCAAACUAGAGAACUACAUGCAGAUGAUGCAUCAAGACCUUUCUGGUGCUGGAGUGUCUCUUUCAGUCGCCUACAGGUUGAACCAAAGUACAUCAGGAUCACUCCAGACAGAGCUAGCCUUAGCUCAGUCACCACUAGAGUUUGACCAUUUCCCCACCGGUACAUGCAUCACCUCACCAUUGGAUGAGACUCUGGACCGAGAGAUGCUGCUUUUGAUGCACGGUCCAAGCCCGGAACUCAUGGCGCUGGAGUUCAAGAAACUUUUAAACAGAAUGAAGAACGAUUUCCGACAAGACACCAACAAUGUCGUAACCACCUUGAAAGCCUUACUAAGUGACCAUUCAAAACCAGAAGGCAACACAGACACCAGUCUUAAGGCCGUGCAGGCCGCGCUGGAUGCCACGAGGGAGGACUGGGCCCUCAGCCUGGACCAGCUGGCUCAGUACACAGACUCUAUAGAGAAGGAGUUGAUUAAAAUGGCCGGUAAUAUGAGGAGAUCCAGAACUGAGAUUCUCCACCUAUCUGUCAGGGUGCAGGAUCAGGAGAACCAGAAACGGCAGCUCAGUGAAGAACUCGAGCAGCUCAAGACUCCUCAAGAUAGCAGAGAAGCCUCAUGCCAGACACCUGUACCAGAAGAAGAGACCGGGGAUGACCUGGAAUGGGAUGAGGAAUACGCCCUUCAAGAUUUCCUGAAAAAGGAAAUUGCCGCGAACACCUGUCAAGUGCAGGAUGGAAUAACUGAGGAAGGAGAUGAGAAGUGGACGGUGGUGAAUGGCACGAGCGAAGGGGAAGCGAGGGACACGUCUACUCCGGUCUCUGCCAAACCUGAGGCUUCCCUGGACGGACAGUGUCUGACUGGUGAAAGCCAAGAAUCCACAGAGCCUCAGGUGAACCACCAAUGUUUGCAGGAUGAGGCGGCAGUAGCGUCGGUCGCCCACUCGCAAGCUGUUAGCGCCGAGCGCCCAGCGGCGGAUGCUCCGCCUGAUCCGUCCCACUCUGAGAGCGGCGAAAUUACAUCUAAGUCUGAAGAUGCAUCUCAGAAUGUGAGCAUGUCCGAACAGGAGCCCGCAAGCAUGCCUACUAAAACAAACAAUGAGUCCAAUGAUGUUACUCCUUCCAACGAAAGUGUCCAGCCGUCCAGAGGGGGCGAAGACAAAGAGGGCGAAGUGAGCAGCGGGACGAGUCAGACCCAGGACACGUCUGCUCCGAGUUCAGCACAGGACACCGCGAGUCCGCUUCCCGUGUUGGUUGAGGAAGAGGAGAACGUACAGGACGGCAAUACAAACAUGGCAGGGACGGAGAAGCUCAACAGCAUCUGUGCAGACGGUUUAACAGAAUGUCAGCAGUCAAGCGUGUCUUUGGUGCAGAACGGCCAAUCAGAGAGCGACAUGACGGAUACGAGUAAAGAGAAAAAGGACUCCAGUGAGAUGAAUAAGAAGCUGGAGUCGCAAGGUAAAGAUGCCACAGAAGCACAAAAGGUGGAUGAAGCCAAACCUGAGACGUAUGCAACUACUGAAAAACAACCAGAGUUGUCAACAACCUCUGACCUUGAUGAUUCGUGUACAGAGGAUAAGAACAGCAUGUUGUCACCCAAUGACAAGGAGAUUGAGACCGAAUUCCAACGUCUAGCUCUCGGAUUCAAGUGCGACAUGUUUACUUUAGAGAAGAGGCUACGGUUGGAGGCCAGGUCGCGUGAUCUGGCUGAGGAGAACGUUCGCAGAGAGGUUACCAGCUGCCAGGGAUUACUGCAGGCUCUGACUCCUCUAUGUGAAGAUGACAACCAAUCAAUGGAGAUUAUCCACAGGCUCCAGAAGAAUUUGGAUAUCCUCAUCCAGUCCAUGACCAGAGUGUCAAGUCGCUCCGAGAUGCUUGGAGCGAUUCAUCAGGAGAGUCGCAUUGGGAAAGCAGUUGAGGUGAUGAUUCAACACGUAGAGAACCUGAGGCGGGUGUACACCAAGGAGCACGCCGAGCUGCUGGAGCUGCGGGAGACGCUCAUGCAGAACGAGAGGUCGUUCGGAUCGCACUUGGAUAGAGAUGAGUUCCGAGGCAAGAAGCCGUCGACGUCCCAGUACUACAAGUCAUCAACACGGCGGGUUAGCAUAGCAGCAAUACCACGCUCUGGUGGAGGCAACAUACACUAUGACAUGACCAAACAACAAGAUGGUGCAGAAAGUGAAGCGGAAAGACUCACCAGGAGAUCUCCGUGGACUGUAGGGGGGAAGAACAUGGCACGUCCCCCACUUAAACGCUUUGUUAGCUCUGCAGCCUGGGUUGACACUGAAGAAACUUCUGCCAUGAUGAAGGGUGUGAAUGAGCCCCAGACAGUUGACGAACCCGAGGAGCCCGCGCCAGAGAGGAGAAGGUCCAGUCUCAGUGAACUGGGCAGCAAACUCGCUUCCCUCAUUCUGCCCCUCAAGACAAGUCAGGAUGAGCUCUUUGUAAUGCUUCCGAGUUCUUCAUCAAGCCCAGCCUCUUCCGACCAAGGACUGUCCCAGUCUCUGUCCAAUAGUUUGACAUCCACCCGAGCGACUGCGGCCGCGGUGGCCCGAGGCAGCAGAGGGCUUUGGCUCUGGUUGGCUAUGGUGCUACUCCUCGCAGGUCUCCUAGCACUUUUGGCAAGCCUGGUGAUGCACCCAGCAGUAGACGCUGCCCCCGUGGGGACCGGAGACUCCUGGAUGGCCAUGCAGCAGCUACUGUGGCCUUACACGGCUUUGCGUCAUAAUGGACAACCCCCGGUUUAGCCCCCCCUUGCCUGUGACCCUUGGUAGAAGCUGCCGUGGUCUUCAGCCGUCUCCAGUUUCGCCCUUACACUUUGAAAGGGUGGUGAGGAACAAAAACUGGGAUGGCUCCUGAAAAUUUCUCAGCAAAGACUGGGGAGAAGAGAUGAUUAACCCGAAGAUUUUACUCACCACAUUUCCUGAGCUAGUGCGAGUCUCCGCGUAUAUGCCACUGACGUUUCAAGGCUACUCAACGUUUUUCACCCAUGGUUGUUUUUGAUCAGUAUUUGCCUGCUUCUGUAAUGUGCGAUCAUAUUUGAGCACAUCAUCCGAACCAUUCCACAGUGCAUUAUUCACAGUCAGCUUUAUAAACCCACUUAAUGCAUUUGAAGGUAAUGCGCUCUUGUUUUAUAACUUUUAAAAGCAGAUACACUGGAGAUGAACAUUUUAAUGUUUUUAAAGCUAUUUAUGACUUCUUUUGGAGUGAUAGGUGAAUUUAUUUACUGUAAUUGUGACAGUGUUGACACCAAAGUCCCCCCCCCCCCCCCCUUUUGCAGUGAUUGUCACCGUAUUCAACUUUUGUAUGAUGUUUGAAACUUUGCAUUAAUAAAGUAGACGAUUCUACGAUGUAUUUGUUUCAUUUUAGCAAAACUUGAGCGGCCUGGUGAUGCAGAAUAGGCUCUGAACAGUGUCGACGAAGAGGAAGUGGGCUUCCCGGGUUCGAGUUAUCCCCUCGGGGCUCAUGUUGUCCUGGAUCAUGUGAAUGAAGGUCGAAUGAAACUCGCUGUCGGGAUGGUGGUCAGCGCAGAAGACCUCGCUGGUUUCCUUCAUCUCCAACUUCUGGAAUCUUUGAGGCCCCACGAGGUAGAGAUUCCACAAAUCUUCGGGCGGUUGCUCGAGGCCCUGGUGCUCGCAGAGCUGACGGCGCAAAAAUGAGGAAAAAGUUGAAAAGUCCAUCUUUGUGAUUUAAAUGUUGCUAGAAUGUGCACCUUUACGACAAAGUGUUCUGGACCGCAUUCAGCAUU